CCAACUCCAACUCUUCGCCGGGGAUCGCUUCAUCCCAGCUGCUAGGAAUGCGUGGCCAGGAGGUUGCCGCUCGGCGCCACGGCCGCGGGUCUCGAACCGGGCGCCCUGAACUCCCGCUUCCCGUCGCUUCGGCAGCCCGGGUCCCGGGGACCGCAGGCCGGGCCCGGCGUGACCCCUGGUGAACCGCGGCCGCCGUUUCCCACCCCUCCCCUCCCAUCCUCCCUUCCCGUUUUACCCCGCCCCCUUCCCCCUCCCCAAGCCUGACAGCCCGCGAGCUGCCAAGCAGGGCGCAGCCAUGGGAAGAGGAGGCGGUCUAGGGAGCGGCGGCGGCGGCGGCGGUGGCAGCGGCGGCUGCUGCAGCGGCGGUGGCGGCGGCUGCUGCUGAGCCGAGGCGGCGGCGGGGACCCGGGAGGCCCCCGCGCCCUCGGCCCCAGCGCGGAUGCGAACCCGCGCUCUCUCUCCGGCGGCGAGGCUCGGAGGUCCUACAGGUAUGGAUCUCUGGCAGCUGCUGUUGACCCUGGCAGUGGCAGGCUCCAGUGAUGCUUUUUCUGGGAGUGAAGCCACACCAGCUACCCUUGGCAGAGCAUCCCAGAGUCUGCAAAGAGUUAAUCCAGGCCUAGGGACAAAUUCUUCUGGGAAGCCUAAAUUCACCAAGUGCCGUUCACCUGAACUAGAGACUUUUUCAUGCCACUGGACAGAUGGAGGUCGUCACGGUUUCAAGCGCCCAGGAUCCGUGCAGCUGUUCUAUAUUAGAAGGAGCACUCAAGAAUGGACUCAAGAAUGGAAAGAAUGCCCUGAUUAUGUUUCUGCUGGAGAAAACAGCUGUUACUUUAAUUCAUCUUAUACCUCCAUUUGGAUACCCUACUGUAUCAAGCUAACUAGCAAUGGUGGUACUGUGGAUCAAAAGUGUUUCUCUGUUGAGGAAAUAGUCCAACCAGAUCCACCCAUUGGCCUCAACUGGACUUUACUGAACAUCAGUUUAACGGGGAUUCAUGCAGAUAUCCAGGUGAGAUGGGAACCACCACCCAAUGCAGAUGUUCAGAAGGGAUGGAUAGUCCUGGAGUAUGAACUGCAAUACAAAGAAGUGAAUGAGACCCAGUGGAAAAUGAUGGACCCGGUAUUGUCUACAUCAGUUCCAGUGUACUCAUUGAGACUGGAUAAAGAAUAUGAAGUGCGUGUAAGAUCCAGACAACGAAAUUCUGAAAAAUAUGGCGAGUUCAGUGAGGUGCUCUGUGUAACACUUCCUCAAAUGAGCCCAUUGGCAUGUGAAGAAGAUGUCCGGUUUCCAUGGUUCUUAAUUAUUAUCCUUGGAAUAUUUGGGCUAACAGUGAUAUUAUUUUUGUUCAUAUUUUCUAAACAGCAAAGGAUUAAGAUGCUGAUUCUGCCCCCAGUUCCAGUUCCAAAGAUUAAAGGAAUUGAUCCAGAUCUCCUCAAGGAAGGAAAAUUAGAAGAGGUGAACACAAUCUUAGCUAUUCAUGACAACUAUAAACCUGAAUUCUACAAUGAUGACUCUUGGGUUGAAUUCAUUGAGCUAGAUAUUGAUGACCCUGAUGAAAAGACUGAAGGAUCAGACACAGACAGACUUCUAAGCAAUGACCAUCAGAAAUCACUUAAUAUCCUUGGGGCGAAGGAUGACGACUCUGGACGUACCAGCUGUUAUGAACCUGACAUUCUGGAGACUGAUUUCAAUGCCAGUGACAUGUGUAAUGGUACCUCAGAGGUUGCUCAGCCACAAAGGUUAAAAGGGGAAGCAGAUCUCUUGUGCCUUGACCAGAAAAAUCAAAAUGACUCACCUACUAGUAAUGCUACCCCUGCUACUAAGCAGCCCAGUGUUAUCCUAGCAGAGGAAAACAAACCAAGACCACUUCCUAUUGGUGGAACUGAGUCAACUCAUCCAGCUGCCCAUACUCAGCUAAGCAAUCCGAGUUCACUGGCAAACAUCGACUUUUACGCCCAGGUAAGCGACAUUACGCCAGCAGGGAGUGUGGUCCUUUCCCCGGGCCAAAAGAACAAGGCAGGGAUAUCCCAGUGUGACAUGCAUCCUGAAGCGGUCUCACUCUGCCAAGCAAACUUCAUCAUGGACAACGCCUACUUCUGUGAGGCAGAUGCCAAAAAGUGCAUUGCCGGGGCCCCUCACGUCGAGGUCGAAUCACGUGUAGAGCCAAGCUUUAACCAGGAAGACAUUUACAUCACCACAGAAAGCCUUACCACUACUGCUGGCAGGUCUGGGACAGCAGAACAUCCUUCAAGUUCUGAGAUGCCUGUCCCAGACUAUACCUCCAUUCAUAUAGUACAAUCGCCACAGGGCCUCGUCCUCAAUGCUACCGCCUUGCCCUUGCCUGACAAAGAGUUUCUCUCAUCGUGUGGCUACGUGAGCACAGACCAACUGAACAAAAUCAUGCCGUAGCCUUCUUUGAUUUCCCAUGAGCUAUAUACUUAAUGGCAAAGAGUUGGCUGGGGCAUGAAUGCUUAAACCAAAACAAUGUUUAAACCCUUUUUUGUUGGCAGUGAGAGUAUGGAUUCUAAAUGCCUUUUCCUGAAAUGUUGACAGAUGAUAUUAAAAAAAUAAGAAGAAGAAUGCUUAAUCAGAUAGAUAUUCCCGUUGUGAACUGUAAAUAUUUUAAAGAAUUGUCUCAAAGACUGUUUAGUGGCAGUGAUUGUCUUGUUAUUGUGGGUGUUGAUUUUGUGAAACUUAGCAUUGAAUGGCUAUGUUUUUAAUGUAUAGUAAAUCAUGCUUUUUGAAAAAGCGAAAAAUCAGGUGGCUUUUGCAGUUCAGGAAAAUUGAAUGCAAAUCAUAGCACAGAUAAUUUUUUUUAAAUUGGGAACUAAAAUUAUAGGUAAGAAGACAAAAAAUUGUUUGGAUAUGUAACAUUUAUUUUGGCAUAAAUUGAUAAAGAUAUUUUUAAUAAUUUACACUUCAAGCAUGGCUAUUUUAUAUUACACUACACACUGUGUACUGUAGUUCAUGCAGACCCGUCUAAAGAAUGUAGCAACUACAGUCUAAAGCUGGUUUAAUGCUCUGGUCAGUGCACCUAAAGAAAAACAAACAAGUUAGUUUUUUACAAGGCCCUUUUUAUACCUCCUGAAACUCCUUAAACAAUUCUAAAAGGAUUGUAAUUACCUGCAUUAUUGGAACAUGCUCGUUUUAUCUGAAUUUUUAAACUAAUAUUUGUUAAUUUAGAAAACUUUAAAAUGUUUGCACAAGUCAACUUAUCAUGAACCAAAAAACAAACAGCCAAACAGAAAACCCUUUCUUACCCAAAUUUUGGUUCAUGUCAGAGAGCUACAUACUAAGAGAAGUAGAAAGUAUAGCUGGUCCCUGUUGACCAGGUUGCUUGAGUGUUGCAGUUGCACAUGGAGUGAGUUUUUUCAUGAUCCGAGUUCACGCAGAUCAUGAGGGGUAAGCCCUAGAGCCUCCGCAGCAGUAUCUUCAAACACAACUUGAUUUUAUUUCAUAGUUCUAAGAAGGGAAUAAGGUACAAGAAGCACUUUGUAAGUUGAAGCAGGUCGAAAUGAAGUUAACCAGAUAAUGGAAUAAAAAGUUCAAGAAAUAGCUUUUUGUUUCACAGCCUAUAGCCAGACACAUCCUCAUUAUUCAUGGUAAUGAGAAACAGAAGGAACAAGAUUUUAAAUCCCCCCAGAUAACUCAAAAUUUACUUAAACCAAUAGCAGAAACUUUCUUCCUCACCAGGCCUUUUAUAGGAUUUAUUUAAAGAAUUAAAAGAAGAAAUUUCAUCAUUUUGUUAUUUCUCCUCAGAGUGGAUUGGCCUCAAAGCAGGGGAAGGAGAAGCCUGUGUAAUUUAUAAAUUAUUUUUCAAUCCCUGAAUAACCUAAACAUCAUUCUUCGGAGCAUUGGGAUUGCUCCUCAAAAGGUUUGUCAAAAAGAGAAGAAUCUCAUCUCACUAAAGAAUGCUUCUCACUUUAAGUAUUUUUUUUAAAAGGUUAAUAAAACUUUAAAGUUAGCUUUAACUUAAACAGUAUUUGCCAUUUAGCUCAGACCGUUUUGGGAAACAAGCUUAAUGGUUGGUAAUUUUAAAUUCCCUCUUUCUUGCAGGAAGGACAGUGAAAAGCUAGAAUUGGGUGUUUAUAAAGUUCAACAUGUUACUUCGUAAUAGAUGUUUAGUAGAUUUUCUGCUACCUUGCUGCUAUGGUUUUCUCUAAGAGCUACAUAAUUUAGUUUCAUAUACAAUUUCAUCAAUGUAGAACCUAAUUCAACUUAAAACUGUGUGUUUGGGAAAACUCUGACUAUUUCACAAUAGGCUGACAACAUUUCUAUAGCCAAAAAUAGCUAAAUACCUCAAUCAGUCUCAGAAUGUCAUUUUGGUACUUUGCUGGCCACACAAGCCAUUAUUCACUAGUAUGACUAGUUGUGUCCUGCAGUUUAUAUUUAACUUUCUUUAUGUCUGUGGAUUUUUUUCCUUCAAAGUUUAAUAAAUUUAUUUUCUUGGAA